AUGGUCUUCUAUGAAUUAGUUCUUUCCACAAAGCAUUCGACACACUUCCAGGCGCUUUCCGCAAUGAUGAAGCAAAUAUCACACAAGGUCGUUGAGAAUGGAGGAAUUGUGCGAAGUAUUCAGAAUCACGGAAUUCGUCAAUUUCCUCACCGAGUGCAGGCAAAGAACCCAGACCUCAUCACCGGUCAACGCUAUUUUGAAAAGGGACGGUACAUUUCCAUCUAUUAUGACAGCAAUCCCACGACUAGAGCCCAAGUGGACCGAAUCCUUUCCAUGAACGAUCAGGUACUACGAAAAACUCAUCUGAAGGCUAGAUCCAAGUUGGAUUGGAUCAACACGAAACGAAUGGACAAGAAUCCAUACGUUCAGCAAGUAUUGAACAUGGAUCAAGGAACGAUGGCUUCAAAGCUUGAAAGUGGAAGCAGCUAA